UUCGUAUGAUUAUAAACUCGCGGUUGCUUACGGCAUGGCGUUAGCCAAGUCGUGUGUCAUCGUGUGUUGCGGAUGAAAAGUGUAGUAUAUUUAUAACGCUUUUAUUUUACAUGUUGUAUAUUAAUGAAAAACUUUUUAUACAAAUUUUAACGACAGUAUUACAUCCAAAAAUUAAAAUGCUGUAUAUUUCUGCAUUUUGAAGCACAGUGGCGACAUAUCAUGGCGGCGAAAUUUUCUUAAGCUGAAGUUGUGUAUCUCGAUUAUUUUCAUACUUAAUACAUUGUUCAAGAUGAACAAGCGCCGUAGAACAUCUUCAGUUGCAAGUCGAGGCACAGAAGAUGAUGCUGAUGAUAUACCACCUGAACCAACAAAAAGACGAAAAAAAUUAGAUCCUAGUGACUUGUGCCAACAAUUAUAUGAUGUACUACGUAAUCAAAAAAGAGAAGAUGGAACAUUAUUAUGUGAUGCAUUUAUACGUGUGCCUAAACGUAGACAAGAACCAGGUUAUUAUGAUGUUGUAACAAAUCCUAUAGAUCUAUUAAAAGUUCAACAAAAGCUAAGAACAGAUGAAUAUAGGGAUAUGGAUGAUUUAGCAGCUGAUAUUCAACUCAUGGUUAACAAUGCAAAAGCCUUUUAUAUGCGUACAUCUCCUGAAUAUAAAGAUGCUACUGAACUUUGGGAAUUAUGCAUAAAUACAAAAAAUCGUAUUAUGGAAGAAUACGAAGAUUCAGAACCUAAAGGAAAACUUAUUUUAAAAGUGGGACGAUUAGCUCGGAAAGCUACAACAAAACAAGAAGAUGCAGAAGAUACAUCAGAAAGUUCUACAAAUCCUGAUGAAGAAACAAUGCAACAAUUUGAAGAUUUAUUUGCAGCAAUUAUGACAGCAACAGAUCCAGCUGACAAUAAUAGACCAUUACAUACAAUGUUUCAACUUAAGCCAUCUAAAAAAUUAUAUCCAGAAUAUUAUGAUGUAAUUGAAACACCAGUAGAUUUAAAAACAGUUGCAAGAAAAAUUCAAGAAGGAGUCUAUAAUAGCAUUACAGAUAUGGAAAAAGAUUUAAUGUUAAUGUGCCGUAAUGCUUGCCAAUUUAAUGAGCCUGGUUCUCAAAUUUACAAAGAUGCAAAACUUCUAAAAAAAAUUAUUACUGCAGCAGCAAGAAAACAAGAUAUUGGAUUAAGCAGUGCAGUUCCAAAAAUUGCAACAACUGCACCAUCAACACGAAGUAAAAGAGGAAGUCGCACUAUGGCACAAUCUUUAAUAGCUCAAACUGCAACAUUGCCAGAUGAAGAUGAAGAAAGUGAUGAUGAAGAAGAAGAACCUGCAGAAACUGAAGAAGCUGAUAACCCACAAUGGCAAUUAUUUCAGACUAUUAGAACAGCACCUAAUAAUCAAGGAGUUAGAAUGAGCGAAUAUUUUUGGAAACUACCAUCAAAAAGAUUAUAUCCUGAUUACUAUAAAACGAUUAAAAAUCCUAUUUCUCUAUUACAAAUUCGUACUAAGAUAAAGAAAGGUGAAUAUGGUACUGUAAGUGAAGUAGCUGGUGAUAUGAAUAUAAUGUUUGAAAAUGCAAAAAAAUAUAAUAUUCAUACAUCUAGACUUUAUAAGUGUGCUGUGAAAUUACAAAAAAUUAUGCAAGAAAAAGUACAGGAACUAUUAGAAUUUGAUCAGGAUUCAGACUCGGAUAGUGAAUUUGAAAAUAGCUCUCAUCAACCUAAACUUAUUAAACGUGCUUCAAAUCUCUUAACACGUGGAAAAUAUAAAGACAAUAUACCAUUGAAAAAAAGAUUGUAUGCACUAGUUAAAUGUGUUAUAGAAUACGUUUGUGAAGAUGGUCGACAACCAAUGUUAAUGUUUAUGGAGAAACCUUCUAAAAAGUUAUAUCCAGAUUAUUAUCAAGUAAUAGCAGAACCAAUUGAUAUGUUAGCUAUUGAAGCUAAUAUUAAAGCAGAAAAAUAUCAAAGUGAAAAUGAAUUAAUACAAGAUUUUAAGUUAAUGUUUAAUAAUUGUCGUCAAUAUAAUGAAGAAGGCUCUUUAAUAUAUGAAGAUGCAAAUACUCUUGAAAGAGUUUUAAUGGAUAAAGUAAAAGAAUUAGGUCCUUUACCUGAAACAGGUAAACCUACCAAAUCAAGUGCAUCUACUCCUACUAGAAAUGUUGGGAGACCUAAAAAAGUUGUACCAUUACAUUUACAAAAAUUGAAAACUAUGUAUGAUACUAUAAAAGAUUAUCAUGAUGGAAAAGGAAGACAAUUAUCUUUAAUUUUUAUGAAAUUACCAAAUAAAAAUGAAUAUCCUGAUUAUUAUGAAGUUAUUAAGCAACCAAUGAAUAUGGAGAAAAUAGCGUCCACUUUAAAAAAUAAUGGAUAUGAAAAUUUGGAUGAACUUGUAUCAGAUUUUAUACUAAUGUUUGAUAAUGCUUGCAAGUAUAAUGAACCCGAUUCACAAAUAUAUAAGGAUGCUUUAAUUUUACAAAGAUUAGUUCUCCAAACAAAAUUACAAUUAAGUGAAGAUGAAGAAAGUGUACCAGAUGUAUCAGCCGCAAUUCAAGAAAUAUUAGCAACAAUUUUUACUGCUCUUUAUAAUCAUCAAGAUGAAGAAGGUAGAUGUUAUUCAGAUUCAAUGGCAGAACUUCCAGAACAUGAUAUCAUUGAUGGGAAAAAAAUACGAGGAUUAUCAUUAGAUUUAAUUAAAAGAAGAUUAGAUCGUGGAGUAUAUAAACGAUUGGAUCGUUUUCAAGAAGAUGUAUUCACAUGUUUAGAAAGAGCUAGAAGAUUAUCACGUACAGAUUCGCAACCUUUUGAAGAUAGUGUAGAAUUACAAGCAUUUUUUUUACGUACUCGUGAUGAAGUAACUCGAGGAGGAGAUUUAUUACAUUCACCAGCUCUUAAUUAUACACUUCUUGAUCUUUCUGCUCAAGUUGCAGAAUUAAAACGUGUGAAAUUACAACAAGAAUUAUCAUUACCUAAUGAAGAUGAAAGUUGUGAUGGAAAUGAAACAAAAGAUUCUGAAACAAAUACUAAUACAGAAGGAAGUAAUAGUGAUAAUGGUGGAUCUAUGAGUUUUAAUCAAGAAAUAUAUAGAGCUGGAGAUUUUGCAUAUAUAGAACCUACAGAACGAGGCAUGGAAUAUAGUGUAGUUCUUAUAGAACGUUUAUGGACAAAUGCAGAAGGUCAACAAAUGUUAUAUGGCAAUUUAUUUUAUAGACCAAGUGAAACUUACCAUGUAGCAUCUAGGAAAUUUCUUGAUAAGGAAUUAUUUAAAAGUGAUGCUCAUGUAGCUAUACCUUUGGCUAAAGUAGCUGGAAGAUGUUGUGUUUUAAGUGUAAAGGAUUAUUUUAGAAUGCAACCUGAAGGUUUCUUAGAAAAAGAUGUUUAUGUAUGUGAAUCACGAUACUCUACAAAAGCAAGAGCUUUUAAAAAAAUCAAAGUCUGGAAUUUUGAUCCAGAUCAUUUAAAAUUAAUUUCAAGAGAUAAACCAUUAGAACCAAAGCGAGUAAUAUCAGUAUAUAAAGAAAGAUUAGAAAAGCAUAAAGAAGAAAUUGCUGAAUUAGAAGAAGGAGAAAAAUUAACAGAAAAAGAAAGACCUAAUGUAAUAUUGUAUAACUCAGAUGAUACAGAAAAUACUUAUUACGAGCAAUAUAAUACAUGUGCAGGUUCUGUAAAAACUGGAGACUUUGUUUAUGUUGCAACAGAUGGAGGUAGACAACAAAUUGCGCAAAUUGAUGCUAUAUGGUCAACAAAAGAUGGAAAAUGUUAUUUUAAGGGCCCAUGGCUAUUGAUGCCUGCAGAAGUGCCACAUACUCCUACUAAGUUAUUUUAUAAACAAGAAUUAUUUCUAUCUACAGUUGAUGGCACUCAUCCUAUUGUGGCUAUUGUUGGAAAAUGUGCUGUUCUUGACUAUGGAGAAUAUAUUUGUAGUCGACCGACAGAAAUUCCAGAAGAUGAUGUAUAUAUUUGUGAAUCAUUAUAUGAUGAAAGUAAAAGUCUUAUGAAAAAACUUGGUCAAGAAGGUCUAAAAAAAUUUAAUCAUAAUUCAGCAGUAACUGAAGAUGAAAUUUAUUUCUUCCGAAGACCUAUUAACCCAGCUAAGGUUCCGGGCGAUGUGGCUCAAACGCAAAAUCAAGUCAAGUCUGUUACUUCUAGUUCAACUCAAUUUGAAAUGGAAGCAUCACCAUUGUUACCGAAGCUGGAACCCGAUGUACUAGGCAUGGGAGUAGGAUUAGGAGUGGGAGUAGGAGUAGGAGUUGGGGAGGACAGCAUGGACGCUGGUGGUCCACCGUCCGUUGGAUCUGCAGAAGCUCAACCGGUGCUCUCCAAUACUCAAACACCUGUAUCGACUAAAAAGAAAACGGCGGGUAAGAAAUUAGUUACGGGCUAUAUUUUAUAUUCGAGUAAAAUGCGAACACAGAUUACACAAAACAAUCCUGAAUCAUCCUUUGGGGAGAUUAGCAGAAUUGUUGGCAAUGAGUGGAGGAAAUUGCCAGCAGGAGAAAAACAAGCUUGGGAAGAAAGAGCAAUUAAAAUGAAUGAAGAUGGAGGACAACUUAAAGGAAAUAAUGUUUCAGUAGGCACUAAUGCUUUGCAAGAUGUAGUUUAUGAAUGUUGUUGGGAUAAUUGUGAUUGGCAAUUUGAAGAUAUGACUGAUUGUAUUGAUCAUUGUAUUGCAGAACAAAAUGGGCAUGUUCAAUCAUCUUUUAUUAAUGCUGCAAGCGAUGUGGAAUUUCAAUGUCAAUGGCGUGGUUGUGGCCGUACAAAAAAAUCUGUACCUCCUUUUCCAAGUGUACAAAGACUCGCAAGGCAUGUUAAGGAAGUACAUAUCCUUAAAUCAAAUGGACGUAUAAUACCUCCUUCGGAAAGAAGCAAAAAUUAUAUGGCAUCAAAAGGUCCAACGGUAUUGCCACCUAUGGAAACAGAAACAUCGGCAGCUGCGACACAAACAAGCAAUAUUCCUAUUGCCAAACAACCAGAACCUAUGUUUGUCGCUGUUCCUCCACGACCAAGUCGAGUUUUACAUUCAGAUGCCUAUUUACGGUAUAUUGAAGCAUUAAAUGUAGAAAAUCGGUACAUAUCAAAUUGGGACAAACAAAUGAAUGCUAAUCCUGAUAAUACACAAAUUCCUGAUGUAACGAAAUUGCCAGCUGAAUGGUUAGGCAAUGGUGUAGGCAACCACGGAAAUGUGGUAAAUGCUUUAUGGACGCUCAGGAAUAUGAUGAUGCGAGAUGUGUUAGCCAUUAAUAAAACUUUAUAGUUUAUAAUUCGUUAAGACUUAUAAUCUUUACUAUUCGAUGCUACCUUAAAACUACAAUUUUCAGGUCCGUCGAUGCUAGAUGAAAGACUGAAGAUUUAUUGUUUUGAAUGAGUAUAUUUAUAUUUUUAGAUUUUUUUUUAUUUUACAAUUCUAAUUAGUACUUCAAAUAUAACUUAAUUAUAAUACAUAUUUUUAGUCAUUUUCAAUUUGUAAUAAGAGAUAAUUAAAAGAUUUUCUUAUCAUAAGAUUUUCAAUAACAAAUAUAAGAUCUGCAAUAUAUUUAUCAGAAAUAACAGAUUAGUAAAACAUUAAUUUCUUCAUUAAAUAAAAUACAUAUUAUAAGCAUUAUUUUCGAUACGUCUAUGGAUCUGUUAGGAGUAGGACAAAAAUAUUACACUGUAAGAAUCAUCACUUUGUAAAUAUUUCGCUAUUUUUAAUUUUAACUUUUCAUAACGAAAAUUUUGUAUUUUGUAUCACGCAUCAUGAAAGUGUGACUUGAAAUUUCUUGUAUUCAUACUGUAAAAUGAAACUGUACUGUAAAUAUUAAAUAAUGCACUUCAAAAAACAAUUUAAUAUAAAUAAUA